UGUUGCAAAUGCAAAACUUAACAAUUUUUCUCGCCUGGAGCCCACGCUUCACCUCCUUGGUGUACAGUUUAAUGAGAAUGUGGCCCAAGACAUCAUGACAGGACAGCAUGGGGCUGUAACAAAGCUUUUAUAUGAAUUGUAUGUUGCUUUAGAAAAAAAGAGAACAGCAAAGCUCACUGGAGUAGCCAUGGAAGCAAUGAGACCUGCAGCAACUGCAAAGCUUAAGUCUAUUGAAAGUGUUUUGUAUCGAGAGCGUUUGAAAACUUUAAUGCCACGUCAGGCUGAUUUGCAACUACAGCAGAUUUCAGAGCAUUUUGAAAUAAAAUCUAAGGUAAUAGAAGAUAAAAUAGCUCGUAUACAUAUUGCAGAACAACAGAAAGUUCAGAAGCUCCAAGAGGAACGAAGAGCCCAAGACAUUGAAAAGCAUCGCAUAGGAAGAAGGAGACAAAAUGAAAUAAUGGCCAGGAUUCAAGCAGCUAUUAUACAGAUUCCGAAGCCACCACCGAGCCAUACCAUAAAGGCUACUGAAGCCAAAAAAUUCUUGAAGAAGAAAAGAGAAGCAGAGGACACAUACAAGGACAUUAAAAAGUUUGAGAACGAUAUACAAGACUCAUUGCAAACACAGAAGCUGCAAGAAGCAACUCUAGAAACUAGAGUACAGACAGCAACUGAGCUGCUAAAUAUUUAUUCAGAUGAUGAAUACAUAAGGAAAAUUCAAAAACAUUUAGAGGAAGAUACGUUUGCUAGAGAACAACGAGAAAAGAGACGACGAAAAAUGCUAAUGCAACAGUUAAUAGCACAUGAAGCUGAAGAGGAGGCUUACCGGGAGGAGCAACUUAUUUACAGACUGAUGAGACAAUCUCAGCAGGAGCGGAGGAUUGCUGUUCAACUCAUGCAUGUUCGACAUGAAAAAGAGGUGUUAAGGCAAAACAGAAUUUUCAGGGAAAAACAAUAUGAAGAAAGACGACUGAAAGAGUUCCGGGAAGCUCUUGAUAGAGAAGCGGCUCUUGCAAAACAAGAAAAAGUUGAUUAUGAAGAACAAAUUAUCAAAGAAAAAGAAUGUCAUGAGAAAAUUGCCAUUGAAAGAGCUCAGGCACGUUAUAAAAAACAUUAUUCUAUAUGUUGGGAAGUGAUCGACCAAAUAAUUGAUUUGUCAACAAAAGUAGGAGAAUAUCAUCUACUGACAAACAACAGAAUUCCUUUAAAACUGAUGCUUGAUUGGAAGGAAUUUUUUUUUAAUGGAAAACCAAUGUAUGAACAAGCCUCAAUUCAACCUUUGCCAAAUGAACCAAGCCCAGAACAACUUGUAGAGCUAAAUAAAAUGAAUCUGUUAGAUGAAAAAGAUUAUGGUGAAUACAAGGUACAUCAAACUGAUAAGACAUAA